AUGAAAAUGUAUAAUAAUCGCAAUAAUUUUAUAUACUUCAUAUUUAUCGCAGUAUGUAUAAAUGUUUGUGUCAGUUCCAGGAUUUUGGAUCGAAGCCCUAAUGUGUGUGCCAUUUUACCUAAAAUUACAAAUUUGUUGCAAAAAAAUAGCCUUCUAGGUGUUAAAACUAAGGGGAAAGAGUCUGAUUUGAUAAUUUUAAACAAUUGUUCAGUUUCUAAAUUUGUAAAGAGCAAAUUGAAUGAACUGGGAAUAGAUUCUAGCCUUUUAAGAAAAAUAGAAGACGAAAACGAGAAGAAAAACGUUACAAACUCAAUAAUAAACUUCAUUAACGAUGUUUAUAAGGAAAAAGGAUAUUUUAACAGCUCCGUACAAAGUUAUGAAUACGAUGAGUCUGGAAAAUUAGUAGUUGAGUGUGUGGAAAAAUCAAUUCCAGAGUGUAAUUUUAGGUUAUUUAUAAAAGAUUCAGAGUCUAAUAAAGUAAUAGAGAUUAAAGAGGAAAAUGUAAUUAAAUCGAGUUUAACAACUUUCCCCUCAGGGAAUUACACACAAAUUCCCAAUAAUUACCUCUUUAAAAAGAUUUUCAAGGAUAAAAAAAUGGUUAAACUGGACCCUAUCGUCUUUGAAUCGAUAAGGCACACAGGUUUAUACGAGAAUUUACAAUAUGUGAUUCAUAGAGAUAGAGGUGAAGUGUAUUUGGAUUUCUUUUUUGAUGACUAUGGAAUAAUUCAUUUAACAGCACCAACGUUAUCUCUGCCACCUGGUGGUCCUGUUUUGAACUUAAUUUACAGAAAUAUUAACUUUUUCGACACAAAAUCAGUGUUUAAACUUUUAGCGGAACUUAACCUUUUAAAAAUUUUGGAGUAUAAUCACAAAUUCAGGCUCUCACUGUUUUCAGAUGUUGUCGAUUUAUCAUUUUGGACCAGCCAUUGCUCAAGUCCGACACUUUUAACACUAAACCUGUCGUUUAGCAAGAAUGAUAUUACAUCUCUAUUAAACUUUUUAAGACCAUUUAAACAGAAACUAAAAUCCCUAAUUAAAGAUAAAAUUGGAUUAAGGAAUAUGAGGGUUGGCUUGAAGAGCCAUAGGAAAUUGGACGUAAAAAAAUUAGAUGAGAUAAGAGAAGUGACAGCAGCGAGCUUAGAGAAGAUGAAAUUUGGAGAAAAGGAGGGAAAUUUUAAGGAUUUCGAGCUUAGUUUGGGAUUUUUAAAGCUUCUAGGUAACUUUAAAUACGUACUUUCAACAGCUUUUGGAACCCGCAAUGUAACCAUAACAAAUGACCUGAAUUACAAAUUAAAUACCAGUUACCUCGAAGAUCCCGUCCUAAUCAAGACGACUUUGAUGAAUAAAAUUAAGUAUAAAAGUGAUAGUCCUGCAAGUGAGGGUGGGAAAGGAUUGAAUACUCCUAAUUUGUGUUAUAGAGUGCAGAGUAAAGUUGAUGUAACUUUAGGCUCAAAAUGUAAAAUGUUAUUUAAAUAUUUGUAUGGAAAUGAGAUGUUAAACGGUGAUUAUAGAGGACUUGGACACAAUAAGCCCAAAGAUGCCUUUUUCAUAGCAGGGCAUGAUUUCGUAAUUCCAAUCACAUUUAGGUUUAAAUUAAUACCAUAUUUUGGUGUGUUUCUCGAUUUAAUCCACUCUACUGGUAACGCUAUAAAGGAUUUGGAUCUAAGUUUUGGACUCAAACUGAUGGUAUUAAAUAUCGCAAUUUCAGUACCACUUCUCACAAAACUCAAUUCUACAUUCAUAUUUAACAAUUUCUCAAAAGAAAAUCGAAGAUUGUUCUUCUCCGUUUAA